AUGGGACAGAGCGUUUCUCAAGUAGACCCCAUCUCUCGCGAAGAGGCAGCCUCGCCCAGAAAGGGCAGCAAGGCCACAGAGGCGACAUCCGACAGCAGCAAACCGAGCAAGCGCCUGGGACUCCACGGUCCAGAGAUGGGGGAGCCUGCCGAUGACCCGGCGUCGGAAUUUGACGCGAGGGCACCCGCACACUCGGUCGUCUUCCUUCUCCACUCUGGCCAGCCGCUGUCGUACGUCGCCAGCCUCAUCGAAGCAGAAGGCCCAGGCUUUGGCGACGAGGUCGUGGCAAAGGACAUAUCCUUCCACUCGCGCCGCUACGACUCGAAGCGCUGGAGUCCGGCCACAUCGAUUGGUGACUUUCUCCGAGACGCCGCCCGGAUCGGCUCGUUUGUCAUUCGGCUCAAUCCAAAGGGAACGUCGUCAUCUCCAUCCGACAUUGAGCCGCGCAACAUCUUCGUCUCGGUGCCCUCGUUUGAGGACCGGACGCGAUACCUGAGGAGCACGCUCUACGCUAAGACGUACGAGAUCGAACGCAUGGUCAAGCUCAAGGGAGAGUGCGACGCGCUGGCUCGCGUUGGUACAAGACGCUUCGCUUUCGGCGGUGCUGCCAUCCUGGGCGCAUGGUGGAUUGCCGUCGCCUACGGCACUUUCUUCACCGAAUAUUCCUGGGAUUUGUUGGAACCGGUCACCUAUCUCACCGGCCUCGGCGUCUUCAUGUGCGGUUACGUAUGGUUCCUGGUCCACAAUCGAGAGGUCUCUUACCGUGCAGUGCUCAGCGAGACGACCACUCGACGGCAGCAGAAGCUGUACAUCCAGAAGGGCUUCAAUUUGGAGAGGUACGAGGAUCUAAUCGAUGAGUGCAAGGAGCUGCGCAAGCACAUCAAGCGCGUCGCAGAGGACUACGACCUCGAGUGGGAGCAGGGCAAAGGGUCUAGCGGGCACAACAAGCGGGCACUUGACAUUGUCCGCAAGAGAGAGGCUCAGGACCGUGCGCCCAAGGUCAUCAAGACGGAGAGCGAAGAGGAGGAGCAGGAAGGCGACGAGGGCGUCUCGGGAAGCGACGAGGAAGAGCAAAAGAAGAAGGAAGAGUCCGGGUCGAGAUAG